AUGGCCGCCCCUUCCAAGUACGACGACUAUGACUUCCCCACCACCGUCUCGGAGCCUCAACCAGGCCACCCUGGCCACACAACCCCGGAGCAGGACUCGAAGGUGCAGCAGCUCCGUGAGGAACUGGAGAAGGAGGGCUAUACUGAGCGUCUGGACACCUUGACCAUCUUGCGGUUUUUGAGAGCGCGCAAGUUUGACGUUGCGCUGGCUAAGGCUAUGUUCGUCGAAUGUGAAAAGUGGCGCAAGGAAUUUGGUACAGAUGACCUUCCUCGUACCUUUGAGUACCCCGAGAAGGCUCAGAUCUCCGCAUUUUACCCCCAGUACUACCACAAGACCGACAAGGAUGGAAGACCCGUCUACAUUGAAAAGUUGGGCAAGAUCGACCUCGCCGCUAUGGAAAAGAUCACCUCCAGUGAACGUAUGCUGCAGAACCUGGUUACCGAGUACGAGAAGCUCGCCGACCCCCGGUUGCCCGCCUGUUCGCGCAAGUCCGGCAAUCUGCAGGAAACUUGCUGCACUAUCAUGGACCUCAAGGGUGUCUCGCUGACCAGCGCUCCCUCUGUCUACGGAUACCUCAAGCAGGCUUCUGGUGUCUCGCAAAACUACUACCCCGAGCGAUUGGGCAAGCUGUACUUGAUCAACGCCCCCUGGGGUUUCAGCACUGUCUUCAGCAUGGUUAAGAGCUUCCUCGACCCCGUCACCGUGAAGAAGAUCCACGUUCUUAACUCCAGCUACGGGAAGGAACUCUUGGCCCAGGUUCCCAAGGAAAACCUCCCCAAAGAGUUUGGCGGCACCUGCGAAUGCCCCGGUGGCUGUGAGCUCAGCGACGAGGGCCCGUGGCAGGAGGCUGAGUGGGCCAAGCCGCCCAAGUGGGCUACCCCCAAGGAGGAACAGAACGUGAUUAAGAACGAGGACCCAGGCCUCGAGAAGAAGGAUGAGGAGGCCCAGGAGACCUCCCAGCCUACUGCAUAG